AUGGUGAAGCUAACACAGAGAUUGGGCGGGUUGGUGCUGCGAUUCGCUGCAUUUUGUGCCGCAUUAGGAGCGGUUAUCGCAAUGAUCACCAGCCGCGAAAGAUCUUCCUUCUUUGUCCUCUCCCUAGUCGCUAGGUAUAGCGAUUUGGCCGCGUUUAAGUACUUUGUGAUCGCAAACGCGAUAGUGAGCGUUUAUAGCUUUCUCGUUUUGUUUCUUCCAAAGGAGAGUUUGCUGUGGAAAUUCGUAGUUGUCUUGGAUUUGAUGGUGACGAUGUUGUUGACGUCAAGUUUAUCAGCGGCGGUGGCGGUAGCACAAGUGGGGAAGAGAGGAAACGCGAACGCAGGAUGGUUGCCAAUUUGCGGUCAAGUCCCGAGAUUCUGCGAUCAGAUAACCGGAGCUUUAAUCGCCGGUUUAGUGGCAUUGAUUUUAUACGUCUUCUUGCUCAUUUUCUCUAUCCACUCCGUUGUCGAUCCUUUUCUUCUCCGAAAAUCUUGA